UUAUUUUGGAAUGAAAUCAAUUCAUCUUCCACCAUUCCUGUUUCCUCAUGCCAAUAUCUAGAAAUGGAUUUGGCAAGAGUGGUGGAGGGACCUGGAAGGUUGGCUCAGAGAAGUCUUAUCUUGAUGAAAUGGAAUUGGCAGAAGAGACAAUAGACUCAACAAAGCAAAGUGAAGACAAGGAUUUAGAAUCUCAAGAAGAAACAGCAUACGUCAAUCCUCUCCUGAGAGCUGCCUUAAAUGGUGACACAGAGGAAGUACAACAGAUUUUUGAGGACCCAGAAGAUCCUGAUCAUGAAAAAGCUACUGAGUUGCUAAUGGAAAGGGAUAUUGUAGGGAGAGGCCUAUUGUUUGCAACUUGCAUGGCUGGACAGAAGGAUGUUAUCCGGACACUGGCAAGAUAUGGGGUUAAUCUGAAAGAAACGACAGCCAGAGGUUAUACACUUCUCCACUGUUCUGCAGCCUGGGGUCAACUCGAGACUUUGAAAACUCUGAUAGAAUUGGAAGCAGAUAUUUAUGCAACUACUUUCCGUGGUGAGAAGGCCAGAGAUAUUGCCUGCCGCUAUGAGAAGAAAGAGUGUGUUGAAUUCUUGGACUGGGCAGAAGCCAAACAGAAUUUACGGAACUUGAUCUCCCAAAUCCAAGCAACAGUCACAGAUCCCGAGAAAGUUCAGGGAAGACUUAAUAAAGAAGAUAAGAAUACAUCUCUCAAGGCCUGCCAGGCCAAGUCUGAUUGGCUUGAAAAUGCUAAGGAACCUACCAUUCAAGAUUUCUUGGAUCAGAAGCAGCAACUGGAGGACAUAAUGCUUCCUAUCUUCACAAAAUUGGCGGCACCUCCAAACCCACAAAGCAAGUCACGUAUUUCCACAAACAGAGAAUGAGAAGAGAGAUAAAGCAUUGUCCAAAAGCAGACCAACUUCCUAUAAGAGAUUGUUUCUGAAAAUCAUCUGAGCAGUAAAGAUGAGUACUGGGGAAGAAGGCUGAAACCUGCUCUUCUCGUGCUCUCCCACCCCACUGCCAGACUGAUCUGUGUGAAACAACAGAGAACUGGAAGAAACAGACUCAUGGGGGAGGAUUUGGGAAGCCUGUCAGGGCACAUCUGUCCCAGAGGUAGGAGGCUCUGUACACUUAAACUGAUUGAUAAUGAACUCUGUGAAAUAGUUGGAAGAAGAGAUUCUAAGAAGGCUGGGACCUGCUGGAAUAUAAUGUUAGAGUACUUACAA